GCUCGAUAUAGACAAGCGUCGCUCAGCCUGUAUUCACGGAGCGCUUUUCCAUGGGGAGCUUUGAGAACUUUGUUAUAGAUCGCUCUCCCGGAGAAGAUUGUACCAGACAUGCCGGCCCACGAGAAAAAGGGAUCUUCCGCCGGCGCAAUUGACCUCAGUGCCCUUGGCGACGCCCUGGGCGAGGGGCCUGAUACAAAGAACGACCGAGCCAAGACAGACACGGACGAAGCAGGGUACACGAUCGGAGACGACUCGGACUCAAGUCCUGCAGAAGCGACCGGCGGCAAUAAAGACAAACAGGACAGGGAAGCAGCUAACGCCUCCACUUUGGGUGCCCAGUAUAAGGUUCCAAAACUACCCAUCACUGGCGGCGAGGGGGAAAGGAUCAAGUCAAACAUUGCCGUCAUUCGGCAUAUCAGCGCGGAAGAACGCAAUAGAACUCAAUCCACCCAGGAUCAAGGUCAAGGCAACUCAUUUUCAACUCUUUUGCAAACGUCUGCGCGUUCAAACUCGCCUUCCGCAGAUGCACCGGCAGGAGCAGUAUCAGCAGUCGUAGAUGUACCCGGCACUGAGCAUGCCCAAGGAGGUGGUUCGGACGUCGAUACGCUAAUUGCGAUGUUUCCCGAUCUUCCCCGGGACACCAUCUCAGACAUACUAAGCGCACACAGCAAUAACGUCGAGCAGACUGCGAACAUCUUGCUCGGCAUGAACGAUUCCAGCGCAGAACAAGGCCAACAGUCAGCUGGCACACGUGCAGGUACAGACAGAGACGGUGCAGGAUCCGAACAGGGUGCAGCAUCGAAUGAGCAGGAGGCCACGCGUAACGACGAGGCGCUCGCGAGGGCGUUGAUGCAACAGGAGCAGGAGGCGCUGGCGCUGGAAAGGGAGCAGCAUUUGCGCAGUCAACAGCAAUUAUUCGAAUCGGGUGGAGGACGUGGAGGGGGUAGUGUCGGGUCUGUAUUUGGUUUCGGGAGAGCACAGCAAGACCAGCAACAGCAGCAACCCAAGCCUGAACGGACAUACGACGUCAACACUCUCAACUACCAGCCGAGAGUUCGGAGAGGCAAUUCUGCGCAAGGCGCCCCGGCGCCAGUAUUCGCUGACCUUGACCAGCAGCAUCAUACCUAUCAACAACAACACCAUUGGCAGAAGCAGAAGCAGCAACUACCAUCAUCACAGCAGCAGCAGCAACGGCCCGCUGGUCAUAUGUCCAGGCCAGGAGGUGUCUUGCCAGGAAACGCCGAGGCUAAGCAGUGGAGUGAAGACAUCAACCGCUUCGCAGAGGCCGGAAUCGCGCGAGCAGCAUCCACUUUCUCGUCGUUAAAAGCACGCGCAAACGCAGCGCUCGCCGAGCGUCGACAGCAAGGUGCACAGCAGCAUCAACAGCUAUCAAACGGGCAGACCCUCGGUACCUCUGGAUCUAUCACAUCACCUGCCACCGGCAACCAGAACCAGCAACGCUCACCGGCCCUCGGAAGCGCAGGCGCGUACGAUCGCGACCCAGCGCCUGUCGGUGACGAGGAGCUCGCGAAGAUCCUCGCUGUCAGUGGCAAUGGUGGCGGCGGCGGCGCGCCCCAACUCGUGGCCCGCAACUUGGGCGGCACAUUCGCCAGCAGCACGAGCAAGCCUUUCCUCGAGCGGUAUGGCGGCGGCAGCCACAACGGUGCGGAUGGCAACACUGGGGCACGCGCGGCUGCACGCACACCUGUGCGGUCCAAUAGCGGUGCGGGGGCAGGUGCCGAUACAGAAACGGGCAAGCUCAGCGGUUGGGAUGCAGUCGGGCGGACAGGCGAAGCUGUGCAGGACGCGAGCGCAGCCACUCCAAUCCCGUCAGCUCCUGCUGGCAGAAUCGCCAUCCACGACAACACGGCGAAAGUGGCGGCUGCAUCUGCAGGCAUAGGUCUAGCCGCAGGUGCAGCGUUGAACGCUGACGAAAAUGAUGGCUCGGAUUCUGAUCUCGAGUAUGUCGCGAAUCCGUUCGAGGAUGAAGAGUGAUGAGGGUCGAACUGGCCGCAAGCAAUGGGUGCAGCUUGCUGUACAAUAGCCAAGGGGGGUUACAACAAUGACGACGGAAAGAUCACGGACUUUGUACUUCUUCUGCGCCUCCUGCCUUCCUGGACGUUGGUUCAAGCGUACCCUUCGUCUACCUCCAUGAACAUCUUCUUUUUCUCCUCUUUCAGCCUCUCCUCCUCUUCAUCUGUAUCGCAAUCGCUGUACACCCUCUUGCGUUUCCCUCCAGUGGCAAUAG